AUGCGCCGGUCGCUCGACGCACUCUCCGUCCUCUCCACAGACGACCUCGCGGACUACGACGUCAUCUCGGAUGGCCCACGCUCGAUGGAGUCCAGCAUCGCAGACCUCGGUGCCCCACUGCCCUUUGCAGGGGCGGAGCCCGCUCCAUUGCCGUCCGCGCGCGAGAAAUUCGCCACGGUGGAACUCACCGCGGAGGAAAUCCAGACGUACGUGCAGCGGUCGCUCAACGCAUCAUUAGCAGGGGGUAGGGGAGACGAUGCCAGGACAUGGAGGGUAUAUGUGGAUGGGAUGUUUGGGCCGCUGAUGCCAAGGGACGUGCUGCAGCUGCGGCAGGCGAAGCUGUCCUUCCCGUCUGUGCAUCUCAUCGUGGGCGUAUUUUCGGACGAAGCAUGCGAGCAGCACGGCCUGGACCCGUGCCUACCGCACGAAGACAGAUGCGAGGUGUUGCGGCACUGCAGGUGGGUGGACGAGGUGAUUCCGGACGCACCGUGGACAGUGUACGACAAGUUCCUGCGGACGCGGAUGAUUGACUUCGUGGCCAUCGACGAGGGCGUGUCGAUCGACCCGGACUGCGAUAGGGACAGGUUGAAAGGGUACGAUCUGGUCAAGAGCCUCAGGAAAUCGAUUGCGACACGGAAGACGAAUGUUUCGACUCCGAUCCCGAGACAUCACAAUCCGUUCCAAGGCAAGGUGGAAGAAGAUAAGAAAGAAUCGAGCCCCCCAGAAGGCGGCGGGACGUUGAAAAACAUACCGGCGUCCUUGAGGCAGGCGCAGGAGGCGAUGAGAAUGACAGAAGAUCCGACGACAGCGGAUACGCCGCCGGAGACUGGACGUGAGGUCGGGGAGGAUACACCAUUCGAAGAGCCGCGGGUGGACGAGUUUGGGACAGGACAGGGGAUUUGA